UUCUCAUUCAGAGCGACACGGAGACAGGGGCGCUUGUUAAAACAGGCAGCGAAUAGGAUUUGAAGGAUUUCGGCGUCAUAGUCAAAGUUUUUUGUUUGUACGCUUUUUUUGGAAAUUCGCAACACAGAAACGCAAAAGGACGUUUGGAGGCUCGUUUCUCGGUCAGCAGCGUCUUUGAAUGCACCAUCCACCUUCACUAGGAUCUGCUCUACCAUGGCUUUGUUCCUGUGUUUAGCUUCCCACAGCCCAAACAAAACCAGCACUAAUCUUAGUAUAUGUACCUAAUGACUGGCCCUGUGUCACUUUUACUUCACUGCAGACACACAGAUGAAAGGACACAGCUCUGUUUGUAGUUUGUAGUUCUAAUCUGUAAAUCUGUAGUGCAUUUAUUUAUUAUUAAAACAUCACAUUUUAUUGUCAGAUUUUCAGAGAGUGUUUGAAUUUGUAGUUGAUAUAUAACAGUUUAAUAAUUGUAAUUGUGAUCCGAGUAGUUUGGCCCAAUAUAAUUACACUAGAAGAGUAGUAAUGGAAUCCAGUACAUUAGUAUCCUUAAUGACUGUUACUGCGACAACCUUGGCUACAGAGGCUAACCCGUCUCCGUAUUUAUGGCUGUUGGUUUUGGGCUUCGUCAUUGCUUUUAUCCUGGCUUUCUCUGUGGGAGCCAACGAUGUGGCUAACUCAUUCGGCACAGCCGUGGGUUCUGGAGUGGUGACGCUGCGUCAGGCUUGCAUCCUCGCUACCAUCUUCGAGACCCUAGGCGCUAUACUUCUGGGGGCCAAAGUCAGUGAGACCAUUCGGUCGGGCAUCAUCGACGUUAACAUGUACAACGGAUCUGAGGCAGUACUGAUGGCUGGCUCCAUCAGCGCCAUGUUUGGGUCUGCUGUUUGGCAGUUGGUGGCGUCAUUUUUGAAGCUCCCUAUCUCUGGAACACACUGUAUCGUUGGAGCCACUAUCGGUUUUUCUAUGGUUGCUCGGGGUCAUCAAGGGGUCAGAUGGCUGGAACUGCUUCGAAUUGUGUCUUCUUGGUUCCUCUCCCCGCUGCUGUCAGGCAUCAUGUCUGCUAUUCUCUUUUACUUGGUCCGCAAGUUCAUCCUAAAUAAGGAGGACUCCGUGGUUAAUGGUUUAAGAGCCCUUCCAAUCUUCUAUGCCGUUACCAUGGGGAUUAAUCUAUUCUCCAUUAUGUUCUCUGGAGCCCCAAUGCUGGGAUUCAACAGGAUGACAUGGUGGGGCAUGCUUCUCUCCUCGCUGGGUUGUGCUCUCCUCACUGCCUUGGUGGUGUGGUUUAUUGUGUGUCCUCGCUUAAAGAAGAAGAUGAAAGGUGUAAUUACAUCAAACCAUGGUGAAGAGUCAAUGGCUGAGAGAAUCACCCCCCCAGAUGAGUCAGUGAAACAUCAUGUAACACUCCAGUCCUACUCCCCUGUUCCCCAGCAGACACCUGCUGUGGACAGCACCAAAGUGGCCUUUGACAUUGGAGGCUCUGAAGAAGCUGACCUUGACAGCAAAGACUUUGAACCCAAAGACCUGGAUUGCACGAACGUGCUAAAUGGACAUGCAGGAAUGGCAGUCACGCAGCUGCAGGGGGGCCAGUUCCACACAGUGCACAAAGACUCUGGCAUCUACAAAGACUUGUUACACAAACUGCAUCUAGCCAAGGUGGGAGACUGCAUGGGUGAGACCGGUGACAAGCCUAUCCGAAGAAACAACAGCUACACUUCCUAUACUAUGGCCAUCUACGGCAUCCAUGGAUCCUUCAAGGAGGGUGAGGGAGGUCGCGCUGGAGAGGAUGGCGAGAAACGGCGUUCGCGCGUGGACAGUUACAACAGUUAUUGUACAGCUGUAGCAGAUGGAGAUGCAGGUGGUGCCGGUGACAAUCUGGCUGUAGAUUUGCACGAUGAUGACAGUGCAGCGGACCCCCUGCAGGAAGACGAGAUGGACGAGCUGGAGAUCGACAAGCCGGAGGUAUCCAUGCUCUUCCAGUUCCUGCAAAUUCUCACUGCCUGCUUUGGAUCCUUUGCGCAUGGAGGCAAUGAUGUCAGCAAUGCAAUAGGUCCCUUGAUAGCUCUCUGGCUAGUAUAUAAAAGUGUCUCUGUAGCAUCUAAUGCCCCAACACCCAUCUGGCUGCUCCUCUAUGGGGGAGUGGGCAUCUGCACUGGGCUGUGGGUUUGGGGCCGGAGAGUCAUACAAACUAUGGGCAAAGACCUGACCCCAAUUACACCAUCCAGUGGAUUCAGUAUUGAGCUGGCCUCUGCUGUAACAGUAGUAGUUGCUUCCAACAUUGGACUCCCAGUCAGCACCACUCAUUGCAAGGUUGGAUCUGUUGUGGCUGUGGGCUGGCUUCGCUCCAGGAAAUCUGUUGACUGGCGUCUGUUUCGAAAUAUUUUCAUUGCCUGGUUUGUGACUGUGCCAAUUUCUGGUCUUAUCAGCGCUGCCAUUAUGGCGCUAUUCUAUUAUGCUAUUUUGCCUGUAACCUAAAAGGCUCCUUAGAGCUGUUUUCAUGUUGUAAACAUUUUAAAUAAUUACUUUAAAAUAGUAAUAGUAAUUAUUAAAAUAAUUUAAUAAUUACUGUUUGUUGAAUUUCACAUUGUGGGCCUUUCACAAGUACAUUUGAUUUCCAUUUUUCAGUUGUAUUCAAGCUGUGUGUACCAUGCAAAGCGUGUUUAACUUGACAUUAGUUCUGUGAUACUUGUGCUCCUUUUAUGUGCAUAUUAUCAUGUGUAACACUGAGAAAAAUCUGUGGCAGUGUAAUGUAAUUUUCCUCUUGCUUAACUUUUUCAUUCGGCUUCUUGGGAAUUCCAAAUAUAAAAAGGAAAUGGAAAAGUGAUUAAGGUUGUCCCAACAGUGAUUUUUUUUAUUGUUAUGCAAAUAUGAUUUCAUAAAUAAAGCAAAGUUUUUUAUUGAACAGAACAAA